AUGUCUUCUUUAACUUACUUUGUUACCGGUGGUAACCGUGGAAUUGGUUUUGAACUUGUCAAGCAGGCUGCUGAUGCUGGCCACAAGGUCAUUGCUACUGCUCGUGAUGUCGCCAAGGCUACUGAAUUGCAAAAGUUGGCUGAUUCCAACAAAAAUGUCAAGAUUGUCACCCUUGAUGUUGCAGACGUCAAGUCAAUUGAAGCCUUGGACGCUCAGCUUGCUGCAGUCACGGACGGUAUCGACGUUGCUAUCCUCAAUGCCGGAAUUUCAGAUGCUUACUAUAAAGUAGUGGACGCACCUAGACAAGUUUGGAUUGACCACUAUCUUGUGAACUCAUUGGGCCCCGUCUUGGUUUUCCAGAAGUUGUACAAGUACUUGCAAAAGAGAGAAACCAAAAAGGUUGUGUUCAUUUCGACGCUUGUCGGUUCGAUUACCGAUUUCAUCCCUGUUUCUGUUAGUGCCUAUGGCCAGUCGAAGGCAGCUCUCAACUACUCGGUUAAGGAAUUGAGUUUUGAAUUAAAGCCAGAAGGGUUCGUUACCAUCGCCCUUAGUCCCGGUCUUGUCACGAGUGAUAUGGGUUCUUACGGUGCCAAGAAGCUCACCGAGUCUGCCCCUGAGGCUGGCGCUGCUCUUGCAUCUUCGGCCAUCACUGCUGAAGAAAGUUCGGCUGCUAUCUUGAAGAUUGUGGACGGAUUGGCAGAAAAGGACAACGGGCUUUUCUUGAACUACACUGGUGAACUUGCCAAGUGGUAA